UGAAGAAGAGUCUAGGCCCGAAAUGUCUGCCUUCCUGAUCGUCUGAUGCUGCUUGGUCUGCUGGGUUCAUCCAGCGCUACACUUUGUUAUCUCAGAUUCUCCAGCAUCUGCAGUUCCUACUAUCUCUUCAUGGACUCUUGUCACUCAGGAAAGGAAAGAAGAUGGUUGAUAAAGAAAGUCGGUGAUAAAAUCGAAAACUUUGAAUCAGAUCCAAAUUCUUUGUCCCCGCACUGUUGACAGAAAGCCGGAAUGCAAUUGAGGAUGUAGGUUUCAGAACAACACUGUUAAUAUUCUGUCUGACAUUAAUUCAUGUCUUCUGCAGUUACUUUGGUGGGGUAUGAACCUUUCCCAUCUACUUGCAAAGGAGCAUUUUGAGAAUAUAUGCCGCUGCUCUAUUUUCCAUUUAUUGUGGCUCUAAGUCAACAGCAUGUAACAGAAAGAAGAAAAGCUUAUAAAGCAUCCCUGUGAAGUAGCAAAUGCGCCUGAUAAUGAAUGUCAUGUUACGCAGACUGAUUGCUUUAGUAUUGAUUGUGUGCAGGUCAAAGGAUUGUGACUACUCUAAACAUGAGUUGAAAUGUAUAUCUAUUUAAUGGCAAUGUUUGAAUGUUCCAGAUGGAAAACCUUCAAUGAAGAUCUCAUCCACUUAAAAAUGGCAGGGCGACUUUUGCUACAAGAUCCAGUGCUGAACCGACACGAACUGGGCGAAUAUGACCGAAUGUGGGCUUUGCAUGAGAUCAGGAGAAAGCCGGGAAACGGGAACACUAUUUACCGAUGGUUCAAUCGCAGCGCAUCAGAACUGCCUGCUUUUUUCUUCAAAUUUAGUCAGUCAUGAUUCAGAUUUUGACGAUUUUGGUGGAUUUCUUGUUGAAGAUAUCAAAAAAGAAAUUAAAAGAGGAAGGAAGUUGAAGUGCUCUUCAUGCAGGAAGAAAGGCGCCACUGUUGGAUGUGAAGUGAAAAUAUGUAGAAGAUCCUAUCACUAUCCAUGUGCUAUACAUGAUGAGGCAGCAGUUAUUGAAGACGAGGCUCAGGGUAUUUACAGAAUUUAUUGUAAAGCACAUAAGAAAGAUAUGGAAAAUCCAUCACCCUAUGGAAACUGCCACAGUAAUAAUGCUGGCAGUGAUACAGAUGAUGCCUUUGUUACUGUUGAGGAGAAUAAUCUUCCUGCAGCCUCUAAUCACAGGAAAUCUCAACCAGGAUCAUCAAAGAAUGACGAUUGGAGAGUGAGAACUCCGCGAAAGAGGGUACCCAGUUCUGACACAGAUGAAAGUGAUGACUUGCCAAUAUUUACUGGCUUCUGUGUAAAAACUCCUGUUAAAUCUCAAAAUGAAGCAAAACACAGGAAGCUUGAAAAUGAUGAUCAAAUGCCAGACAAGGAGAGAUGCUCUCAGUCUGAUAUUGUUGCAGAAAAUGAGACUGACCCCUUAAAUGGAGACUCACCCUCCUUGUUCAGUGAAGUCGGUCUUCAGAGUGGUCAAGGUGGAACUCAGUUGAAUGAGAGCGAUAGUACCAGGAAUGUACACCUUGAUUCUCGUGCCAUCUCAGAUGAAAAUGAGCCAAACGAUGCAAACUGCAGUGAUGCAAGCACAAAUUUAGACCAACAAGAAGGCCAAGAGGAAAUUGUAGACAUACAGCAAGAAGUCCGAAGGCAGAUGACAGAAGGCACCCCAUGUACAAGCAGAAAUCUAUGUUCAACAGGACGAGCAAGCACAUUCUGGAAGAAAUGCAAGGAAGCUAAGUGCGUGGAGAUGAUCUUUAAGAAAAUGCAGAAUGAUCUGAAUGCCAUUCAGCAAAAUAUAAUUAAUGGAAGUGCCACAGAUAAAGAGUAUGACAGUGCGUGGACAAUACUUUUGACUUUGGAUUCCCUUCAAGCAUUGGAAGAAUUCCAAUCUGAAAUACAUCAAAAACUGCAACUUCUUGAAAAAGAAAAAUCAUCUUUAAAAAUAAAAGAGUGUCUUGUUCAAGAGUUGAGAGGGAUAGCUGGAUCGCUGAAUCAUAAGUCUCACAGAGAAAAGUGAUUGCUCUAAGUUUACCUCAAUGCAACUGUCUCCCGUAUUGAAGCUGUACUCAUUGGAAGUUGUGAGCUUUUGCACAUUAGCAAUAAGCAGUAUAUCAUCAAAUGGAGGACGUAAACGUUCUAGGCCAAUCGAGUUCCAAGUAACAUGAGGGAGAACUUUUAUCUGUUAUUGCCCAGUGGAUUCAAGUCUGUGUGGGAUAAAUGUGAGGUCGUCAAGUUAACAUCCUGUUUAUUUUCCUGGGGACUUUGCUGGUUGGUCAAGAAACGCACCUGAAAUCUGGAACUUUUUAAACGAAACAAGGUCUCUGAGUUGAUUUCAAUGUCAUAUUGGAUACUGAGAGUAGUGGAUAUCCUGCUUCAUCAAUUCUUGGGAGGCCAAAGCAUGCCUCUGGCCACUGUAGAAAUUACGGGGGUCAUAUUGGAUUUUCAUACCAGCUUGGCAUUUGGGCCGGCUCCCAGAUGCUACGUUCACUCAGAGCUAGUGGGACAUAUCGAUGGAGACCAUCCUUUUCACCUGUCAGCUGUAAAAAUAAUUCCAAUCUCCAAUAAAAUAGUAGACUGCAAAAUCUAAGUUACCAAUCCAGUUCAUGGUAAGUACUGCAGGAGGUACUGAAAUCAGCAACGCUUUGCUUCAAGCAUAUCUGCUGGCCUGACUGUCUAACCACGUUGCAGCAUUCUCAUUCUAAGUGGUUACACCAGCAAUUUCAGUGUUAAAAUUUGAUACCAAAAAUCACAAAAUUCUGAAAGUCAAAAUAAGCAGAUUUAUGUUUCUAUUUAUGGAUAAAUGUCACUGAAUAUUUGAAUAAUAAUGUAUGUGCUAGAAACUGUUACCAAAACUAUGAUGUGCAAUUUAAAUGUAAAUAGUUAAAUAGCAGACUCUCCUUAUCAGUCAUUUGGGUGGUCACCUAUUUUCUGUGCGACAACUGAACUUUUUAAAAGUUGCGAAGCAAAAAAUAUGGGUAGAUGUUUGCUACACCUGUCAUUUACCAACAUUGGUGAGACCACACCUAGAAUGUUGCGUAUUGUUUUGGUCUCCUUAUGAAAGGAGAGGUACAUUUGCAUUAUUAAGGCAUUUCAGACAAAUUUCUCAAAUUUGAUUGCCGGAUGAAGAGAUACCAUAAUAAGGAAAAAGUUGAGCAGGUCGGACCUUUGAUAAGAAUGAAGUGAUCUUAUUGAGACAUUGAGAAUUCUGAGGGGAUUUGACAAGGAUACAUCCUGAAUCGCAUGUGCGAUAUGGGGGAAUCUACAACAAUGGGACAGAAUUUCAGUAUAAGGGAUCACCCAUUUAAGAUAGAAAUGAAGAAUUUCCUCUCUGUGGGUUGUGAUCUUUAGAAUUCUCUACACCAGAAGGGCAACGUAGAGGAAGAGAAUUCCAGAUUAUGUGGAACAGGCAGAAAAGUGGAGUUGAGGCCAGGAUCAAAUCAGCCAAAUUGUAUUAAAUAGCAAGUCAGGUUCAAAGGGCCAUACAAUCCAUGCUAGAUGGCACUGUUGAGACAAAUGACUGUUUCCUGUUCCAGAUAAAAUCUGAAGUUUCUUUGGUGCAUUUCUGGUCAACAAAACUACAACGCUGCAUUUCAAAUGGUGAAAGGAAGGAAGGCCUUUCAAAUUGUAUUAAUUUUUCUUAUUUGGACAGUCGGGCAAAAACACAUGCAUUUCUGUGGCAUCUUUCAUAACCUUGAUAUCCCAAAACCAAUGAAAUAUCGUAAUGAAAGGUGUCUCAUGAAUAUCCAUUUUAGAAUUUGGUGUUUCAAUCAUGGCAUUAUGGGGCUGGUUACUUUUCCUGGGUUUUAAAAAUUUACUGAGUUCAAACAUGCCUGUUCUGGUAUGUGUCAAAGAGUAAAGAUCCCUGGAGUGUUAAUGGAAGAUUGGUUUUACAGUGUUGCUUUAUGACAGGUGGGGCAAACUUCGAAGGCCAUUGUGUUCUUCCUUCAGGAUAAUUAAGGAUUGAUUUUAGCUUUGGAAACCCAAAGAUUGAAAACUUUUAUGGCUGUUUAGAGGAGACCUGCUGGAGAUCAGAAGCAAACAUAAUUUAUGGUAUGCUCUUCCCGUCAGAUGUAGGAUAUUAAAGAGCAGUCAAGUGUCCCUGGUGACUGCAGGAAGUGUGUCCAGCUGCAGCUCCUCUCAGACCCAAGGAUCGAUUGCACACAGGGAGUUGCAUGCAGAAGAGAGUGUGGUAGACAGUAACUUCAGGGCAAUGGUCACAUCGCAGAUUCAGUCAGGUAGAUGGAUGACCACCAGGAGAGGUACGUAGGUAGUCGAGGAGUCACCUGUGGCUCUCUCUGUUAUAAAUAAGGAUUCUGUUUUGAAUGUAAUUGGUGGGGAGAUAGCCUCUCAGGAAAAAGAGCAGCAGCAGGAGGCAGGUCUGUGGUACGACGACUGGCUGUUUGUCUGGUUGUUUUACUAACUGGAGGUCUGUGACCGCUGGUGUGCCAUAAGGAUCAGUGCUGGAUCCACUGUUGUUUGUCCUUUAUAUAAACAAUUUGGAUGAAGAUACAGGGGGUGUGGUUAAUAAGUUUGAAAACGACACCGAAAUUGGUGGUAAAGUGCACAGUGAAGAAGGUUAUCUAAGAGUACAACGGGAUCUAGAUCAGCUGUGCCAUUGGGCAGAGGAAUAGCAGGUGGAGUUUAAUUCAGAUAAAUGUGAAGUGCUGCAUUUUGUUAGACAAACUAGGGCAAGAUUCAUACAGUUAAUGGUGGGCCCUGAGGAAUGUUCUCAACCAGAGACACAGUGGUGCCUAUACAUAGUUCCUUGGAAGUGGCAUCACAGGUAGACAGGGCGAUGAAGGUCGUAUUUGGCACAAAAUUAGAAAUUACUGGAAAAGCUCAGCAGGUCUGGCUGCAUCUGUGGAGAGUAAUCAGAGUUAACGUUUCAGGUUGAGUAACCCAUGUUUUGGGUUGAGUGACCCUCCCUCAGGAUUAAGGAAGGAUCACCCCUCCCAAAACGUUAACUUUGGCAGCAUCUGUAGACAGCAAUCAGACCUGCUUAGCUUUUCCAGCAAUUUCUAUUUUUCUUUACGAUUUGCAGCAUCCACAGUUCUUUAGAUUUUGAGAUGGUGUUUGGCACUCUUACCUUCAUCAGUCAGGCCAGUGAACACAGGAGUUAGGAUGUCAUGCUACAGCUAUACAAAACAUUGGUAAGACCACAUUUGGAUUACAGCAUACAAUUCUGAUUGCCCUGCUAUAGUAAGGAUGUUACUAUACUGGAAAAGGUACAAAAUAGAUUUACAAAGAUGUUACUGAGACUGGAAGGUUUGAAUUAGGAGGAGAGACUGAACAUUUUUCCCUGGAGUAUGGGAGGCUGAGGGGUGAGUUUUUAAAAGGUGCGGAGCCAUGUAGAGAUCAAAACUAGAAGGCAUAGGUUUAAGGUGAGAGGGGAAAGAUUUAAAAGGGAACCUGAGGGGCAAAUUUUUCACACAGAUGGUGUAUAUAUGGAAUGAGCUGCAGGAGGAGUUGAGUACAAAUGUAACAUUUAAAAGAUAUUUGCACAGGUACAUGGAUAGGAAAGAUUUAAAGGGAAAUGGACCAAAUGCAGGCAAAUGCGACCAGUUUAGUUCAGGAAACCUGGUCAGCAUGGACAAAUUAAGCUGAAGGGCCCAUUUCCAUGCUGCAUACCUACGUGACUCUAUCUUCUGGAAAUAAAUAUGUGAAAGCACAGUUACUGCAGUAAAAAAAAUUUUGGUUGUUAACUUUUUAACAACCAGGAGAGUUUGCUUAGAAAUUCGUUUAUAAAAUGGUGAGAAAGUCUGAGCUGUCUGUUUAGAGAGUAAUCUGAGAGGAUGACUUUUACAGGUCUUUGGAAAGCGAAAGGAGAAUCAGUUUAGAUCAAAUUUUUAAGUUUGAUUCGAGGCGUAAUUUCUCCGGAUAGAAUCUUUGAGACGGAUCAUGGAGAGAAAUGGGAUAAGAUAUUGCAUUUGUGAGUGUUAAGAUUUUUGGAGCUGUGUUCUACAUUUAGACAGCACGAUUUGGUUUCAUAUAUUUCUAUUAUGCAAUAAAUUUCUGUAAAAGUAAAUCUGCAGCUUCAUGAUGCACUUAAGUGAUGAAUCACCAUGUGUAGUGAUGUGUUGAAACUUAUUUUCUUUUGUUACAGACUGUCUCAACAAUGUGUCUGUUUGGAUUAUAUUGCAUUAUGUAAAAUGUGCCUUACAGUUUACAGUUGAUUUUCAUAAAAGGCUAAUAAUUAGAACUUUUCUGAUUAAUCAAAUGUUUUAAAAAACUGAUUUUUGUAGUAUAUGUUAUAUUGCCUUUGUCAAGUUGUUUUACUCCCAGCCGUCCGCCUCUCUCCAUCAUGGUGCUAGGCUAGGCAAGUACCAUUAGCAGACUAAAGUUGUGGGUGGAUGCUUUGAAUCAAUUGUGUCAACUAGAUGUUUUGCUUUUAUUUUCACUGUCUGAUUGUUGACCCCCUAAGCUUUGUAUCUCACAAAGCUUUUAAUUGUCUCCUUUCUUCCUUUUAUUCUUUUGUGGGAGGUGGGUGUGGCUGGCAAGGACAGCACUGUAGCCAAUCCCUAUUUGUCCUCAAACGACAUGGUUUGCUUGACCAUCUUGUAAGAUGGUUAAGAGACAACCACGUUCCUCUGGCUGACAGUCACAUGUAGAGUAGACCAGGUAAGGACAAUAAAUUUCUUUCCAAAGAGUAUGCAUGAGUCAGACAAGGUUUUACAACAACUGAUGACAGUUUCGUUGCCAUCAUUGCUAUGUUUGAGAUUUAGUCAUUAAAUUUAAAUAUCCUUAAACCCAUAUCCUUAGUUUACUAGCCAAAUAUCAUGGCCACUAUGACACCAUCUAAAAUGACCUUGUGUUCUAAUAGUACUUAAUCUAUUUCUCCAUCUCAUUCUCUACUCAAAUAGUUAGUUUGUUUGUACUGUUCUUUGACCUUCAUCUGUUCCUUUUUAAACGCUGUUCUUGUGUAACAACUUUUCAUUUCUUCCAAAGGGUCCAUACAAGCUUCAGCAUGUUCGCUCUCUCCACAGAUGCUGAUUUGAUUUACAUAUUUUCUAUUGCUCAUUGUUUGAUGUGCCAAAGUCCAAAAACACUAAACACCUCAGAUAAGUCAAUUCUGCAAUGAGCAAUUGUUUAUUUCUUUCCUAAGGUAUCCAAUUUCACUACCGUCACUGCACUAAACUUUCAGAUGUGAUUUCCAUGUCAUCAAUGUAUAACUUUGA